AGCGAAUCCAUUCAGACACAUAACUGAACCCCCGACCCUCCACCCCUCCUUCUCCAACAGCGCAUGAGCCAUGUGGGCGAUGAACACGUUGACAUCGUGUCCUCACACACCGUCACACGUCACCACCAGAGGGCAGAAGGUCACGCGGGAGUCGCAGAUGGCCGAGUGAUAUUUCUUCUUCUUGGCGGUCUCGUGCUGCUUCAGGAUGGACUUGAUUGAUCGGUUCUUGGAAGCAUAAGACGGUGCGUCAACAUCAGUGAUGCAGAUGUCGAACGACGCAGCCGCCUGCCGCUCCCACACGCCCCGAGCGACGAUGUCCGCCCUGACCCCGCCCUCUCCCUCCUCUCCCUCCUUCAACACCACCUCCCGACGCACACCAGCGUCCCCCCACGCCAUCCCAAUCAGCUCGGCAAAAGUGUCCCGCAGCUCGUUGUGGCGACGAAUCACCAGGCCGUACCGCUUGCAGCACAGCGCAUGGUCGACGGUGAGGGGCUGGUUGCAGUGCUCGCAGCGUGCAGCGAGGCCAGGGGGGUGACGGCCGUAUCGCAUGUUGAGGGCAUCUCGAAACUCCGCAGCAUCAAGACCAGUGUUGUUGUCUGUCGAUGGGAGGGUGGUCAGCCAGCCGGACGUCUUGUAUUCGGCGCUGCGGGAGAGGACGCGAUGGCGUCGGCGGUCGAUGUGCGGCAGGGCGGCCUCCCUCUUGGUUUUGUGGGCGACGUCCUGGUGCUGCUUGCUCUUGGUGAGGGCGUGGCGGAUGGUGGCACGAUGGUCGCCAGGGUGGAAGGGGAAGGGAGCCUUGCCUUGGACGGCCUUGGAGACCACCUUGGUGCUCGCGCGGGAAGCGGGGUAGGCGGCGGCGGCACGGUCGAGAGGGUCACGUAUGCCGGUGCCGCCAAAGCGGGCAGGCAGCAGCAUCAGGUCGACCUCGAACGGCGUCACAGGGCCGCCGAGGUUCUUAUUUCUUGCUCGUUGUACUAUUCUAUUAUAAAGUCGUGGAUCGUCCUUUUUUCUGAUUUUUAGCAU